UUGAGUGGUCGCGUGAUGUGCACGGAUCGGAGGUGGCGAGAACAAGAACGUGAUCGCAUCGAAGCUUGUGGCGUCGUCUUCAACCUUCCUUAACCCUCACCUCACUUCACUUCACAAAAAUGACAUCUAUUACGUGUCAGCUUCUUUAUCUGAUUUUACCACAAUAACUGUUGCAUCUCAUGGAUUCAAAUUUCUACUGGAGCUUCUUCGGUGGUUGAAUCCCUAGCAGCCAAGGUGUUUGCCUUUUUGUCUCUGAGGUGUUUUUGCUUUUGGAGUUGAUUCCAUUAACUGGGUCUGCGCUCUACAGAAGAAGAAGCAAGAAAAGAAUGUUCCGGAGGGACCGCGAAACGAACAACAGAGACCUCAAUGGUGGUCCCCCAUUUGGCCAGGUCAGAGUGGCCGUUGUUGGUGACUCAGGUGUUGGGAAAACUUCUCUUGUUCACUUGAUAGUUAAUGGUUCUCCCAUCACUCGCCCUCAACAGACAAUCGGUUGUACAGUUGGUGUGAAGCACACUUAUUAUGGAAAUUCUGGAACCUCCUCAAGUAGCCUUGCAGUUGCAGGUGAUUCUAAGAGAGAUUUCUUUGUUGAACUCUGGGAUGUGUCAGGGCACGAUCGGUACAAAGAUUGCAGGUCUCUCUUUUAUUCACAGAUUAAUGGUGUAAUUUUUGUUCACGAUCUCUCACAAAGAAGAACAAAGAGUAGCUUGCAGAAAUGGGCAGCUGAGAUUUCUGCAACAGGGACAUUUUCAGCUCCUUCGGGAUCCUUGGGCCCCAGUGGGCUUCCUGUCCCAUAUAUUGUUAUUGGCAACAAAUCUGAUAUUGCUGCAAAAGAGGGUACUAGAGGAAGCAGUGGCAAUCUCGUUGAUGUUGCACGCCAGUGGGUUGAGAAGCAGGGUUUGCUUCCAUCCAGUGAGGAGCUUCCUCUGACAGAGAGCUUUCCUGGUGGUGGAAGCCUUAUUGCAGCAGCAAAAGAAGCAAGGUAUGACAAGGAGGCGCUGAUGAAAUUUUUCCAUAUGUUGAUCAGGAGAAGAUAUUUCUCUGAUGAAUUACCUGCACCAUCAUGGUCUGUUUCUCCAGUUCAGAGGAAUACACAGCGUAUUGAUGAAGAUGAUCGUUCUUAUACUACAAGUCUAAACAGUGAUCCUUACAACACAUAUAACAUGCUGCCACCUCUUCCAGCUCAACGCAAUCUCACUCCUCCACCCACACUAUAUCCUCAGUGGCCAGUUUCAGUAUCAGAAAACCAUAGUUUCCCAAGGUUUUCUUUGUCCAACUCGUCUGAAAACACUGCCGCAACAAGAACGAAGCGAUCAUAUAUUAAU